CCUAUUAUGUGACACAUGGUGUCGUGUACUCUUUCCUUGUUAUUAACUGUAACUAAUUGUAAUGUCUUCGGUUCCAGAGUGUUGGAGUUACUGUUUAUGUUCCUACUGGUGUGGUACUACUGCACACUCACCAUCCGUGAGAGCAUACUGAAAGUGAACGGGUCCCGUAUCAAGGGCUGGUGGCGACUGCACCAUUUCAUCUCCACCGUUGUGUCGGCAGUACUGCUUAUUUGGCCCAACUCUGCGUGUUGGUACGAGUUCCGGCCACAGUUCAUGAUCUUCAAUGUGUACAUAAGUUUUGUGCAAUAUCUACAGUUCCGGUACCAACAAGGUGUGCUGUAUCGCCUGAAGGCUCUGGGAGAGAGGCACAACAUGGAUAUCACCAUUGAGGGGUUCCACUCGUGGAUGUGGAGAGGUCUCAGCUUCUUGCUGCCGUUUCUGUACGCCGGCUACUUCUUCCAGCUGUACAACGCUUACAAGCUCUACAAGCUCACCAAACAUCCUGACGCCACUUGGCAGGUCCCAAUGUUGGCCAUCCUCUUCUUUAUCCUGUUCUUGGGCAACAUCAUCACAACUUCCAUGGUCAUACCUCAGAAACUGGAACCAUCCAUCACUAAAACAGAGGAUGAUGACACAUCCAAAAGGAAAAGUGAAGACAAAAUCUCAAAAAGCGAAUGAAGCAUUUAAUUUUCUAGAGGAGGGGGUUAAUUUAUUAUUUUUAUAUUUUAUUUAUGUAUACAAUAUAUUUGUAACACACUGGAUGUAACAAUAUAGAUGUAUUUAUUAAUAUAUAUUUUUGUGGAUAUAAAAAUAUAGUAUACAACUGGAA